UUUUACUUUUUUAUUUUUACUUUAUUUUACGGCGAAACUUAUGCCAUUAAUAAUAGAUGAUAUUGAAAUAAAAAUUGUACCUAAUGACAUAGAUAAAUUUAUUGAUUAUCACGUUUAUCUUAAAGAAAGAUCUCUAUAUAUUAUUAAUCAAGUAUUAAUUGGUAAUAAUAGCAGCGUUAAAACCUUUUAUUCAUCAAAUUUUAUCACUUAUGUUCAUCAACGAGAAUAUGCAAUAAUUGAUUCUGACUAUUCGAAGACAAAAAUUAUUGGUUCAGAUGAAGCUACGACAUGCCAUAUUGUGUUAAUUAAAAAUAGAAACACCUCAAUCUUGUGCCUAGUUCACAUAGAUAAUGAAUAUGGUAUAAAGGCCUGGCUAUUAAAUGUUGUAAAAGGCAUGAUAGAGUUAUCAAAUUAUGAUAAUAAUAUACAAACAUUUGAUAUAUGGUUAUAUUGUGGGUAUAAAGAUGAAGGUAAUGUGUCCCAAAAAAUAUCACUUGCUGUUUUAGAUGCAUUGAUUAAUUUUAGUUACCCAAAUAAAACUGUUGAAUUUAUAUUGCAAUGCCUAUGCACUGGCUCAAUAAAUACCAGAUAUAUGAAUCCUCCAAUUGAACUUAGCACAAAUUCAAGUUACAAUGAGGAUAAGAUUACCCAUAUAGUUAAGGAUACAAUUCCCUUGCCAAUCAUAACAGGAAUGGCCUAUCAAUUAUCAUACCCUUAUAAAAAAAAAUAUUAUUCAUCAGUCAAUAAAGCUAUGAAGGAUUUCUUUAACCCAUUUCCAGCAUUAUUUGAGGAUAAAGGACCUGAUUAUUUGUUGCGAUCUGCUCGUAACUUUGUUUCCUACAAUGAAUGUGCUACUGAAGACAUCAAAUAUUAUAAAUAUUUUGACAUUACGGAUAUCCCAAAAUAUUUUACAAAAAGUGAAAAAAAUUUCACUGACUACCUACAUUUUGAUUUUCAUUUGUGCAAAAUUCAUAAUGGUGACAAGUUAAGUAAUUUAACUGAUAGUAUGAUUUUGCACAAUUUUUCAACAUCCCCUUUAGCAGAAUCAAAAAAUUUUGUUCCUAGACUUAGGAAGAUGUUCAAAUUAUUGCAAAUAAGACAUGAUACUAAGGGAAAAGAAGGGAGUAUUCCAGAGAACUUUAUUAAACAUGCGAAUACUUAUAAAAUGGACAAUCAUACUGGUGAAUGGUUAUUGGUUUGAUAUGACCCAAAUAGCUGAUUUCCAUAUGUUUUAAAAAUAGCUGACUAAAUAUUAAGUGAUCUAGUAAAGUUCAUUUUGAAUAAAGGGCACAUGUAUUAUAUUUAAUUAAAUAUCAAUUUUUUAAGACACAUAAUUUCUUCAUUGUUAUUUCAUUUUGUUACUAACUAAAUUUUUUUGACUAGGAAAAAUAUUUUUAAAUUAUAAAAACGAUUUAUAUUUCAGAUAUUUUAUUAAUGGGCUUUGUAAAAUUAGAUCUAUUUAUAUAAACAAACAUCAUAGUCAUAAUCUAUUUAAUAUAAUAUUAUACAAUCUUUUUUUUACGCAAUAAAUAUGAACUUAUUUAUCAUACCUUA